AUGUCAACCUUACUCAACUCUGCACCUCUUCAUUUCCCGUCGGACUCAGGUUUGCUCAUGAAGCUGGAACUUCUCACAUUUGACGGCAACAUUAUUGACGAGUUUUCCGCUCGAUUCGCUACACUCGUCGGCGACAAGUCUCAACUUGAUAACACAACGAAAUUCUCAUUACUGAUAUCAUGUUUACGUGGACGUGCUUUACAGUCGGUUCGAGGACUUUCAAAGACAGCUGGAAACCACAGCAUAGCAAUGGACAUACUGAAGACCCACUAUGACGACAAGGUCACUAUGAGGCACAUACUGUGCACCAAAUUGGCGCAAUUACUAGUUUGCGAUCCAGAGGGCAGUCAACUUCCUACACUGUAUAAUCGCAUGUUCUCGCUAGUGAGACAGUUCUGCGACGGUGCCGAUGAUUCUAAACAAACAGCGUUGGGAGCACUUCUUCUCAACAAACUUCCUGCUCGAGUCCGAAGCCAAAUCUACGACAAAAACGUCCAACAGCCACAACGUCACUCCUAG